AUGUUGAAUAGGGAGUUGGCGAGGACGGCUCGAAUGUUCAACUACGACACUGAGUUUGUUGUUCAGUCGGCUACUCGUUGUGAAGCCUUCGAGGGGGAGACAAGCUCGACCGCAGGCGAAGUGAACCGAUGUUCGCGUUGUGAUCGCCCCGCUCACAUUGGAAGGCAGUGUCCAGCUUUGAACAAAAACUGUCGUCGGUGUGGUAAGCUCGGGCACUUUGAGUCAUGUUGUCGUCAAAAGAUGAGGGUUGACCAGCUCACACAACAAAAUCCGAUAGAACCAGAGAAUGAGGAAGAACAGGUAUGA